AUGAUCACCAAUACACUCCCCCGCCGCCUCUCUACUAACCAGCCACCUCUCCAUUACCCAGUCACCAAUAUACACCAGAGCCGUCCCUCCACAACAAAAUCACCAAUCCACACCCCAGCCACCCCUCUACUAUACCCAGUGACCAAUUCACACCCCAGCCACUCCUACACCACCAAAUCACCAAUCCACAUCCCAGCCACCAACCCACUACACAAUCACCAAUAUACUCCCCAGCCACCCCUCCAAAUCAUCCAUUACACAAUCACCAAUCCACAUCCCAGCCACUCCACUACCCAAUCACCAAUCCACAAUUCAGCCACCUCUCCAUCAUCCAGUCACCAAUCCACACCCCAGCCAUCCCUCCACUACACAAUCACCAAUCCACAUCCCAGCCACUCCACUACACAAUCACCAAUCCACACCUAA